AUGAACAAACGGCGACAACAACAACAACAACAACAACAAAAAUACGACCGCGACAAUGGCCACUUACACAUGUCAACAUCACCCCGCUAUUGCAUCAAAACAUUCGACAUGAUGAUCGUCUCAGGGGCCCAGAAUGCCGACUUCGUCCAACCCCAAUCCGUGGAGACGUGCGGUCCCAUCUGCGGUUCCUUUCGGGGAUCAGUUUGCCCGCGAGCAAUUCCCAGCAGCGAGUGA